ACCAAUAACCACGUAGGCAUGGCCUGUUAAGGUAUACGUAGUGAGAAACACAUGUAUCACAUGUGUGUUUUUCCUUAGACUAGACUCUUGUAAGGUUCAUCAGCUCUAUUGAUCGUAAACACAGCUGACGGAGGCAUAUGUAUACCGUGUAAGCAUUCAGACCUCGAGAUAGCAGGGUGUACCGGUAUAUGAAACAAGAUGGCGGACAAAGACGAUGUGUACAAAGCAGAUGAAAUAAAAGACGGUGACGUCACAAGAUACACUGACGAUGCAGGCAAUACAAUAGAAUACGUAGAACAUGACGGUUUACAUCAGCCCCUUUAUGAGUUAAAAAUCGGUGCUGUUCCUGACUUUCGCGCAAACAUCAAGAGGAUACAAGGAAUGCCAUGUCGGGAAAGUGAUGUGUUUAUAUGUGCAUAUCCGAAGGCAGGAACGCACUGGGUAUGGGAGAUAACUCGUAUGCUUGUGAAAGGAACCACAGAAUAUGAAAAAGAAUCAAAGGAAACAGUUACAACUGAAUUUCACCUACCAGAGGAGUUCGAAGCCAUCCCAUCACCAAGAGUUUUCAAUACACACUUGCCAUUUCGUCAUUUACCCAAAGGCAUAGUAAAGAAGAGGUGUAAAAUGAUAUUCAUACAGAGAAAUCCGAAAGAUGUAGCUGUGUCCUUCUACAAUCACACGAAAAACUUCGACUACCUCUUCUACAAUGGCGAUUGGGACCAUUACCUUAAACUGUUUUUGUCAGAAAAAAUAUUCUAUCAAGGCUGGUUCCAGUACACGUCGGAGUGGGAGACUGUGAUGACUGAUAACUCUCACAUAGACUUCCUCAAGUUAUACUACGAGGACCUCACCAAGGAUCCUUUGAGUGAAAUUGCGAAAAUUGGAACAUUUCUGGAUGUUGAGUUCGACGAUAAAUUUGUUGCUGCAAUUGCUGAAAAAUGCAGCUUUAAGAAUCUAAAAACUGCCAACGUUUCCAAGGAGUAUACCUUCAGUAACAAUCAACAAAUAGACGUAGGACUCAUGUUUCGGAAAGGUAAAGUUGGAGAUUGGAAGAACUGGUUCACUGUGGCACAGAGCGAGGAGUUUGACACGGUAUACCGUAACAAAAUGAAGGAUUCAAAGUUCCAAUAUUCCUAUUCAGUCGCAUGAGAGUUUAUUUGAUUUCAAAGAGACCUGCUUCCGAUUUUCGGUAUUUUGAGCAUUAUUUGCAUGCAUCCUUUUGGUUAUAUAUCUAUAACAGAUUUAUGACACACAAACAGUAUGAUAUUAUAAUCUGAUUUUGAUGGUUUUCCUAACUUUCAAAUCCUAUCCGUCGGUGUAAAGUAAUAAACAGUUGCAUAUGGUUUCUCUUUGUGGUAAAGAACGGUUCUAUUUUAAAACCCAAGGAUUCUCAGCUUUUACCUUGCUUCGGCAAAAACAGACAAUAUUUAAAUCCCCAAUCAUAUCUCUUACUUUUUCUGCCAAUCGAAUUCGCUACAUAAAUGGCGUGAUAUGUAAAAGCGGUUCGAUUUUGUGCAGUUACAUAAUUGAAUUUCAUUAUUUUAUAGAUAUCGUGCUGGUUACCUUCAGGAUAAAAAAUGGCAUUUUUCUUUUUCUAACAAAGCAGAUGUUAUCAACUUUCCGUUAAUACCACACUUAGGGAUGAAAUGUGUUAAAGAAAUUAAACAAAAAUGAAUUAAAUAUUAUUUUCUUACGUGCCGUAAAGAAUUCGGUGUUAAACAUAAUGUCACACAUGCCCCAAUGUCCAUUUAUAUGACGAUAUUUCUUGUCAAAUUUUGGCACUCUUCUUCUGCUAUUGCGAUCAUGUUUUGUUAAUACUUCUUACUAACUGAAUUGUGAAAAAUCGUUUAGAAAACGAAGUGACGUAAUAGUUCUUAAUCAAUGAAGACGAAAAUACGUUUAUUGUGUAAACAUUACCUCUGACUCUGUCUAACACUUACACUACAUCCGUAGAAUUCGCUUAUACAUGGUAAUAACGUAAGCAUUGCUUCAACCAUGCGCCUGGUGAGAUUAGUAGUAGUCGGCGAAGACCUUGCAAGCUAAUACUUGACAAAAAUAUACCAUUGUAAUUUCAAACCUUUUAAUACCAAUAUACAUAUAAUAUUUACAAAAUUAUAUUAUUUCAAUUUUUACCGCAUUUUUUCCGAAAGAUUGCGGCACGAUAGCUUUAAGAUUUCUCUUUCAUUUGUUGGUACUCAAGGAAAAUUCAGAAGUUCUUUGAAAACUAUAAAAGUAAAUUAUUGCAGAAAAUCUGAAGGAAUCCAUCUUAAGUUAAUUUCCAUGGAAGUUUAUUUAUAAAGUUGUAAUUAUAUCAUAUUGUUUAUGCCAUAGCAUGCCCUACGUACAUAACCAUUCGACACGAUUACCUCUCAGAUAAACCAGCUGAAGUUAAUCUAACUGACUUAUAAACCAAAAAAGGUUAAUAUAAAUCAAUUACAUUUCGCAAGACUGAUAUAGAUGAACAUCUUAAUUUCAGCGAAAGUAACAGUGUCAGUAAUAAGGCGCAAAGCUUAGUUAUGAAGCAUAUAGUAAAGCAACUGACAUGGUUUCUUUAUUGGUUACACGUUUUAAGUUGUUUUGAGGAGAAAUUAUGUACACUCCGAGGUCAGUAAAAACAUUUCAUUUUAGGAACAACACAUUUCUUUUAAUGAAUACUAUUUAUAAUUAUUGCCAUAAAAGGGCAUUGUCGUGAUAUGAUCACGUUUUUCCAUACAUUACAAACGGCAUGGUACACUGCUUUGAGAUGGAUUCAAAAAAUGACCUUUUGUCUGUUGGGGAAUAAAAAAAUUAAAAACACCCAGAAUAUGAUAGGCAUCGCAAAUGUUACAAUUACAUUACAAUUAAUUAUCAAAAAUUCAUUCUAGUUAUUUACUAGACCAAUGUAUUGUAAUCUGUUUAAACAGACCAUACAAAACAAUAGCAGUUAUUAUUAAGCUAAGUGGCAUGAGAGUGUUUUUACAUGCACUGUUUAUUUUAAUCCGACUUGAGCAGUGAAUGUCUGUACGUAUUUGUAACUAGAAGAGGAAUCCUGAUGUUUGAGUUGCAGAUUUACACGAAGAAACAUUUCCAGAUCAAACACUUAUAUUAAGUAUUGUGAUAUAACAGAAAUGUAAUUGAAACGCCCUGCAUAACAACGUAAAUGACUUUAUUUUUCCGUUAUUCCACAGGAAGGGUUGAAGAAUAGGCAGUGAAUGUUUUUGUUUAGUCACAUUUUACAAAAGAUAAAGAGACGAAAUCAUUCAUUUUAUGAAUACAAAUACUCGCUAAUAAAUCUUUGAAGAACAAACAUAUAAUAAAUGUCAUGCAUUCAAUUUCAGAAUAUACAUUCCAUAUCAAAAUUCUUGGCAAAUAUGGAAGGUUUUGAGAAGUUUUUUUUAUGAAAUACUCAUCAAAGUAUGCUUGUCUUGUCAUUAGUAUCAUAACGUUUACAUAGAAAGCUCAGUGCAUCUGAUCUUUUAUGUAUGAAGAAAGCCAUUGUCGGUUGGACACAUUCCAUAUUAAAAUAAAUCAAUAUUGUGCCUGUUUACUAAACAUUUUUCAAAAAUAUUUUUAUUGUUCGUAAAAACAUACGUUAGUGAUGUAUAAUGUUUAUAACAAAGUGUAUAGGCAUUGUUUUAAAACCAGGAUUAUCAUUUAUAUAAAACAGUGAUAAGGUAUAUUCCAUGGUUUCCGUUUAGUAUAUUCAAAGUAUACAAAGGCAACAUUUCUUCAGGUUUUGACCUGAAAAUUCCUGACCUAAAAUUGACCUGAAAUUCGUGUCAAAUUUACGUGAAGAUAUGUUUAGGUCAAUUUCAUGAAAAUUAACCUGAUGUUCAUUCUAAUUUAAGGUAACUUUUCAUGCCAAAUUCAAGUCAAUAUUAUGUCAAGAUUCAGGGCACAUUUCCACCUACAACCGAUGUUUUGUGGUGGUUCAUGUCAAAGUGAUCUGCAGAUUUGACCUAAAACUGCCCUGAAUGUGAUCUGACCCGACACGAAGAAAUGUUUUCCGUGUGUGGUCACCGUUGCUGUAGGUCACGAUCGUCAUAGUGGAAGCUUGUUAGUCAUGGAUCGGUGUCGUAUAUGGCCAACACGGGGUUGACACUUCAUCCUAGGCUCCACUUUACGAUACAUUAUUAUGGAGAGGGAUGGGUGGGGUUCUGAUGUAAUCGAGAUAUACGAAAUAAUGUCUAUAUAUUGUAGCGUCAUAAAUAGUGGCUGCAACAUAAUUAAAUGUCCAAACUGUUUUAACUUGUGAUAUUUUAUUUCAAAUGUUUUUUCUAUGUCAUAAAAUAAGUUUUAUAUAUAUGUAUAAGACAUCUAAUAAACAGUUUGAAACUUGAACUUUUAAUUUUUAGUAUCCAGAAUUUAUUGAUUCGUAGUGCUUGGUUAUAUAACUAUGUGAACAAGUAAGAUAUGCCCUGAACAUUGUUCAAACGAGAAGUAGACGAGAGCUUUCAGUAACUGAUAUAUUUAAGGAUCCCCAUACCAAUGCCAACAACUUUUACUAUACGCUUCGGACACAUUUUUCUGACAGGACUAUACGUUUGAUAAAUCAUUUCUGAAAAGAAAACCAUACAUUCUGGGACUUUUAUGAACAAUUAAUAAAGAGGAAAUAAUCAGAAACAGAGUCCUGAGUAUAAACAUUAAGCAAGGCUACAUCGGUAUUGUGACCUUUAGCUUCAAAAUGUUGUAUUAUUUCUCUAACCGUCUGAAGUGUCCUCAACGGAAUAGCUCUGGCCCAAUUGUUCUACAAUUAUAUCCAUAACAAAAUUAAAAGGAUAUUACACAUAUGUACUGUAUAUACGAAAAGUACUAUGGGACAGGGAUCCUUAAGUUUUCAUACAUAUAACAUGUACAGCGGUAUUGUCAGAUAGCUAGAAUGUUUUAUGUUGAAAAGGUUAAAAAGGUAUAUAGUAUUCCUGUUAUAUUGUUCAUGUGGUGUAUGAGUUUGAAUUGAAUGUACUCGUAAACAGAUCAUUUUUUAACUAUUAAACGGUGCAUUGUAUCUGUUGACCUAAAAUUGAUUAAUUGUAUGGGUGAUGAAAUUAGCGACAUACAUAAUAAAUAAAAGAGAUAUACAUCG